AUGUCAGCCCAGUCUCUUCCUGCAGCAACACCUCCUACCCAGAAGCCCCCCCGGAUCAUUCGCCCUCGCCCUCCUUCGCGCCUCCGGGGAGCUGCCCAGACCCCAGGGCUCCCCCACAAUGGUUCUUCCCUACAAGAGCCUACCCCCACUUCCAAUGAUGUACCAACUCCCAUGUGCACCCCCAUCUUCUGGGAGCCCCCAGGUGCAUGCCUCAAGCCUCCUGCCCUUCUGCCUCCCUCAGCUUCUAAAGUCAGCCUUGAUUCCCCAAAUUCUCCAGGCUCAUCUUCCAAUACUCCCACUCCUGUGUCCCGACGCUCCAUCUCCCCAGAGCCUGUUCCCCGGUCUCCAGUUCCUCCACCCAAGCCCUCUGGGUCAUCUCACACAUCUCUGCCUCUGCUCCCUGGGGCCCAGGCCCAGGCCCAGGCCCAGGAUGGCUCUGCCUCAGCCCCUGGCACUGUGCGGAGGCUGGCUGGAAAGUUUGAGUGGGGGACUGAAGGCAGGACCCAAGCUUCCGAAGCCCUGGAGCUGAGUCCUCAAAGUGGAGUAGAUAUGAAUGGGGAGAGAGAGGCUCCCCAGAGCAUCCUCUCUGGGAGUGGGUCCCAGGAGAACGGAGCUACAGAUGUUGCCCUGGCCUGCCCUCCCUGCUGCCCCUGUGUCUGCCACAUAGCCCGGCCUGGCCUGGAGCUCCGAUGGGUACCUGUUCGGAGCUGUGAGGAUGGCCCUAGGGCUCCCUGCAGGGCCUCCCCACUUCGGACCUCCCGCUCCCGCCCCAACCCUCCAAACAGCAAUCACCCCCCAGUUGUUCUCACGUCCUACCGCUCCACUGCGGAACGCAAACUCCUGCCACCCCUCAAGCCCCGCAAGCCAGCUCAAGUGAGACUGGAUGCCUCCAGUGGGGAUCCCGCACAGUCAGAUUCUGAUCUGCCCUCCGAAGAUGGAAUCCAAACAGGGGACAGUCCUGAUGAAACUCUUUGCAACACUUCACCAGCAACCAUGGAGGACAGAGAUGAGGAGGGACUAGAGGAGCUGAAGGAACAGAACUGGGAGUUGCCCCUGCAGGAUGAACCCCUGUACCAGACUUAUCGGGCAGCUGUGCUCUCAGAGGAGUUGUGGGGGGUUGGUGAGGAUGUGAGUUCUUCACUAACAAAUCCUGGUGAUGCUCCCACUUUGUCACGGCCCCCUGGACCUCGCAACACAUUGUGGCAGGAGCUUCCGGCUGUUAGAUCCAGUGGCCUCCUCGAGACGCUCAGCUCCCAGGAGAGGCGAAUGCAAGAGAGCCUGUUUGAGGUGGUGACGUCCGAGGCCUCCUACCUGCGCUCUCUGCGGCUGCUGACUGACACAUUUGUGCUCAGUCAGGCACUCCGGGACACGCUCACCCCCAGGGAUCAUCACACGCUCUUCUCCAAUGUACAGCGAGUCCAGGGAGUCAGUGAGCGGUUUCUAGGAACGUUACUAUCACGUGUGCGCUCCUCCCCUCACAUCAGUGACCUGUGUGAUGUGGUGCACGCCCAUGCCGUGGGCCCUUUCUCAGUGUACGUAGAUUACGUACGGAACCAACAGUAUCAAGAGGAGACCUACAGCCGCCUCCUGGACACAAACAUACGCUUCUCCGCGGAGUUGCAGCGGCUACAGAGCCUCCCCAAGUGUGAGCGACUCCCGUUGCCAUCUUUUCUGCUGCUGCCCUUUCAGCGCAUCACUCGGCUCCGCAUGCUGCUGCAGAAUAUCCUGCACCAAACAGAGGAGGGGUCCAGCCGACAGGAGAAUGCCCAGAAGGCUCUGGGUGCUAUCAGCAAGAUCAUUGAGCGCUGUAGUGCUGAGGUGGGGCGCAUGAAACAGACUGAGGAGCUGAUCCGUCUCACCCAAAGGCUGCGCUUCCAUAAAGUCAAGGCCCUGCCCUUGGUCUCCUGGUCAAGGCGCCUGGAGCUGCAGGGGGAGCUGACAGAGCUGGGGUGCCGGAGGGGUGGCGUGCUCUUCCCCUCCCGUCCCCGCUUCACUCCUCUCUGCUUGCUGCUCUUCAGUGACUUGCUGCUCAUCACUCAACCCAAGAGUGGGCAACGGCUGCAGGUUCUGGACUAUGCCCAUCGCUCGCUGGUCCAGGCCCAGCAAGUGCCAGAUCCAUCAGGACCCCCUACGUUCCGCCUCUCCCUUCUCAGCAACCACCAGGGCCGCCCCACCCACCGGUUACUCCAAGCUUCAUCCCUAUCAGACAUGCAGCGCUGGCUAGGAGCCUUCCCGACUCCAGGUCCCCUCCCCUGCUCCCCAGAUACCAUCUAUGAGGACUGUGAAUGUUCCCAGGAAAUUUGUUCAGAGUCUUCAACACCUGCUAAGACUGAGGGACGGAGUCUGGUAUCCAGGAGUCCCCCCAAGCACCGGCACAAGGGUCCUGAAGGCUGGCUGAAGGGGGUCCCUGGGGCCUUCCCUGCCCAACUGGUGUGUGAAGUCACAGGGGAACAUGAACGGAGGAAGCACCUUCGUCAGCACCAGAGGCUUCUCGAAGCUGUUGGGUCCUCUACAGGCACCUCCAGUGCCCCCCCACCCUAA